AUGAGCAGAACUUGGUAUAUGUUAGCUGUCGCGUUUGUGAUAUUAUCAUGUAUAUCGACUUCUGUCUCACAAAUCACACUUUCAACACCUCCACCCGAUGAUCCAGACUCUGAUGAUUGCACUAUAUAUAAGAAUUGGACGCAGCCAGAAACCUGCAGCUAUGUAAAGGAGAAUGCUGAUGCAUGUGAAGGUGGAGGCUAUUUCUUGUGGUCGCGUUAUGUUGAAUGCUCAAAUGGAACUGUAGCUCGGGUGUUUGUUAUAAUAGGUGCAACAGCUUAUUUACUUGCCAUAUUCAUCAUGUUAUCAGCUGCUGGAGAUGAUUUCUUCUCACCCAGCGUGGCAGGCAUAGUUAACCAUUUAAAAAUUAGUGAGAGUAUAGCUGGUGUGACUUUCUUAGCUUUUGGUAAUGGAGCGCCGGAUGUUUUCAGUUCUAUUGCAUCUGUUCUUAGUACAAGCAAGCCUCAAGCUAAUCUGGCUUUGGGGGAACUAUUAGGUGGAAAUGUGUUUGUGACAUGCAUGGUUACAGCCACCAUCAUUCUCACGAGCCCGUUCGAAGUUGAUGCCAUUUCAACAACUCGUGAUCUCAUAUUCUUUAUUGUAACAGCAGGAUGGAUACUGUUCGUAUUCUUAUAUAGCGAUAACUUGAGCAUCUGGGAACCCAUAGUUGCUCUUGUCAUAUAUGCCGUCUAUGUUGUAACUGUUAUUGUCAUUGAGAAGAGUGUCAAGAAGAAGAAGAAAGAGCGUGCUCUCAGUAGUGCUCGAAGUAUACGAGCUGCUUCACGUAACAAUAUUGUAGUUCCAUCUAUUAACAUCUUAGCAGAUGCUGUCGAACGUAUUGAGUCUGCCGAGCAACCUCAAGAACUGCGUUCUGAUCGUUUGUCGGUUACUUCAAGUGAUAAAAGAAAUUCAAUUGUUAACCAAAGCAUCUUUCCUCCUAUCGAUUUAGCCAAAGCUUUCGGUCAUGAAUCGGAAGAAGAUGACGAAGAUGAAGUUGUUAUUCUUCAUGGUCAUGUUUAUCGAGGAGAAGAAGCUAGAAGCCGAGCUUGUAGUACUGCUCCACCGCCAAUUCAAAACGAUGGAUGGAGUUCUAUAGCUCACGAUCUGAUUGAUCAUUUGCGAUCAGUACCAACAAAGGAGGAAUGGAGCGAAAUGAACUUGGUUGACAAGAUAAUGGCUAUAUUGAGAAUAAUACCUUUGUUCAUAUUGAAAGCCACAGUACCUUUGAGUGAAAAUAGUUGGUCAAAGGCUGUUGCUCUGUUGCAUUCUAUCAUCGCUCCAUCAUGCUUCUUGUUCUGUAUAAAGCUUCUUGGUAUGAAAUUACCUUAUGGAGGCCCUGGUCUAUGGUUAUAUGGCUUAAUACUAUCAGUCAUACUUGUAGUUCUAGUUAUCAUUUUUACCAAAUUCACUGAAGAGCCUCGUUUCUAUAAGGAAGUCUAUAGUUAUCUUGGUUUUAUUAUGGCAAUAGCAUGGAUUUAUAUGGCGGCUGCUGAAGUUGUUAACGUAGUCACAAUGAUUGGAAUUAUCUCUGGAAUUCCACAUGAGGUGUUGGGAUUGACAAUUCUUGCUUGGAGUAAUUCAAUUGGUGAUCUAAUUGCUGAUGUAUCAGUUGUUAAGCAGGGAUAUCCCCGUAUGGCUAUGGCUGCAGCCAUUGGUGGACCAUUAUUCAACUUGUUGGUCGGAUUCGGCUUACCAUUCACUAUUGCCUUAAUGAAAAAGAAUGUCAAAAUAGCAAUUACAUUCACACCAACAUUCCAUUUGUUAAUUCUGUUCCUCGGAAUAUCUCUCUUCACUUUGCUCAUCGGAAUAUUUGUUCAAAAGUUCUAUGUUCGUCGACCGUUUGCUCUCGUUCUCAUAGGCAUCUACGUGUGCUUCAUGAUCAUGGUGAUCUUAGAUGAAACAAACACAGUAGUAUGGAAUUAA